AUGCCGGUUUCACAAUUUGACUCAGUUGCCCUAGACAAUGAUCUAACCAACCAAAUCUGGACUAAGUUUCAAAAGACCAUCCUGCCGAGAAAACAUAUCGGUGAAAUAAAACUACUCUUAAAUACAUUAAUCUUCCUCAUGACUACCAAAAAAAUAGACCAAGACAGAAUUGCAACAUAUGGAUCAUCACUUACAGGAACUAUCUUCAGCACUACUAAACUUCGAUUAUUCCAAACCAAUGUCAUCCUUCCUUUUCUCCUCCCUAAGCUGGCUUCAAAACUUCUUAACCACAAUACCAACUUCAGAGUACAAAUUUUAAACAAGUGGACAAACAUUUUCAACCUUUUAUCCCUGAUAACAUUUAUUCAAUUCAUCGCACUGGAAAGCAGACCGUACCUCACUUUUCUCCAUAGAAUAUACGGCAUAAAAGCGAUCCUAUCAAAUAUCCCAGAAGGCUACACAAACUCCGUCUCUUCCAGCAUAGAAUUUCAAAAUACGCAACUUCUUUACACAUCUCUACUACAGCUCCUAGCCAACAAUGUCCUUAGAAGUUCUCUACUAGCAAACAUUUUAAGACGCCAAAAAACGAAAUUUACCGAAACUACAACAGAUUCAAAUUGUCCAAUGUGCAACACGUCCCCAGUUGUGCCCUACAAAUCGACAUGCUGCGAGAGGAACUACUGUUACAUAUGCAUUGUCAAAUCCAUGAAGUACAAAGUCUGCCAAAGUUGUAGAUCAACAUCAAUAAGUGGAUACUCAACAUACGAUGGUCCUAAGUCAUUCAUAAAACCGAGAAACUAG